CCGCCCUCCAUGGCCGCUAUCAACACGCUCAAGAUCGACCCUCCCCUCGUCAAUACUGCCUGCGCGUGGGUGUCCGAGUACGAGCAGCUCAAGGCCUGCUUUGAGUGCCCAUAUACUGGGGCUGUCACGACGCGUACAGCUGCUGGUGUCGAUGAGGGCUACCCCCGUCUUGCCGGCGUGCAUGGGGUUGCCUUCAGCAAGACCUCGAUCACUAGCAUCAACACCUACGCGUACUCCCCACACCCCCUUUCCGCCUACCUCUCCUGGAUAAAGCAGAUCCUUGAUGAGCAUCCCACUUCCACCAAGCCCUUCAUCGUCUCCGUCACCACCACCGAGCCCGCCGUCCUACGCGCCAUGAUCAACGCGAUUCAGGCGUUCCGCACCACCCUCCCCGACCCCGCGCGAAUCGCGAUCGAGCUCAACACGUCCUGUCCGAACGUCAAAGCAGGCGCACCACCGGCCUACCACUUCCCUACCUGCCGAAGUGCGGAGGAGUACCUCGCAUCGCCGCUGGGGCAGCUCAUCGCCAUCUUUGCGGACGCGCGCAAGGCUGAUCCGGGGCUGACAGUGGGCCUCAAGCUUCCUCCAUACGUCCACGCAGGCCAGUUCUCAGCAUUCCUUGACGGUUUGGCGCUGUUCACGAUUGAUGGCACUCAGCCCCCCGUGUCGUUCUUCACAUGCACGAACACGUUGGGGAACACUCUCAUGCCCGCGAGCAUGCUCGAAGGCUGGCAGGGCGAAGGGAUGGAAGGAAAAGACAUGUUGGGUGGCGCUGGUGGCGAAGCGAUACACGCGCUGGCUCUGGGGAAUGUCGCAGCGUUCGCAAGGCUGCUGACUGAGAGGGACGUCUUGCGAGAGAUCAAGAUCAUUGGGGCAGGUGGGGUGACGACACCGGACGCGGUCAAACGAAUGCACGAUGCUGGUGCGACGGUCGUUGGAUCUGCAACUCUGUUCGGGAAGCUGGGUCCGGAUGCAGCGUUCGCGCUUCUGAGCGGCAGGUAGUUGGCGAAAGUGUAUAUCGUGCACAGUGUCUCAUCAUGCACUUUCGUUGUGAAUGAUAGCUUGCGAUGUUCUGCUUGGUA